AUGAAAUUACCAGAUCCUCAAGCAUUAUCUCAAAUUCUGAGAUCAGAGCAGGUAACAGUUAUAGAUACGUUAUUUGAACAUAACGAUAAAUUUGCGGACUUCAUAAUUAAAAAGGUCCUUAGCCAUAAUGAACGAUAUGGUUCAUAUAGAGAAUUUAUAAAGGCGGUGAGAAUACAACUCAUUCAACUUGCAGAUAAUUAUGAAAAAAGUAUGACGGGAGACCUAGGUGAUAUGGUAAGAUCGGUUAUUAGUGCACAUCCUAGGCUAGGAAUACAGCAGGCGUCGGCUCUUUCUGUCUCUUCUGCAAGAGAGCAAAAAUCACUACAAUCAGGAAAGCCGGAACUUGCGAGACAAUUAUUAGCAUUAAAUCAAGAAUACGAACAUUGCUUCCCAGGCUUGAGGUUCGUGGUAUUUGUAAAUGGACGGAGUCGCCAAGAGAUCACCAAAAUCAUGCGGAAACGAAUCACUCGUGAUGACUAUAAUCUGGAGGUGCGUGAUGCAUUCAGUGCAAUGUGCGAUAUUGCACUGGAUCGAAUAAAAAAGGGGAACAGCAAGCUGUAA